AUGUCGUUAUUCCGCGCUCUCCGACCGGCCUUGACCGCCCAGACUCGUCGAUUGACUGUUUCUGCUUCUUUGAACUCGGCCGCUCCCGCUGCCCCACUUCGACGAGACGACGUCAUGGCCGCCUGGGUUGAGUACUUCGACCACCCCGACUGCGAUUACUACAACUACCGACUCGGCGCGCAGCACCUCUUCUCCGACGAUUUGCUCUUUGACCCCGUCGUCUACCAGGCCAUGCUCUACGCUUGCCGACGAUUCAACAACUUCCCCGCCGCCAUGCGAACCUUGGAGUUGAUCCGACUCAAGUGCGGCGACCGAGAAGACGUCUACGACUGGGUCAUGCAGGAAUUGGCGCCCACUCUCGAGGACCUCGGCAUUCCCACCGUCGAAGACAUGAACCUCCACAUUGUCGAGACUGAGCUUUAG